CAAAACUAAAGACGUUAGCAUUAUAGCCACAUCUGAUCGAGGCUCGUUGACGUUAGCUGGAGCUAAUCGACCGAGCUAAAAAAAUAAGUGACAUGAAAAGUAUUUUAAGUUAACGUAAAUUAAGAAGAACACAGCCGUAUCCGUCGUAAAACACGAGGAAUUAAGCUCUUUACAACUACAAGUUGAAAAUGGAGCCUCUGGAUCCUGCCAAGAAUGAUGAAGGCAGUGGAUUCACCAAGCGGCGCAUUUCUUCGAUUUUGAAAGCUCCACAGAGAUCAUCAAUGAAAUUCUCUGACCCAGUGCAACAGGAAAACGUGGUGGAGUGUGCCAAACCAGUGGAAAAAAGGAAUUCAAGGAGAGUCAGUUUUGCCCCUGCCAACAACGUUCUCCUGUUCUCAAAGGAUGGAAAAAAUGCCUCUCCUGCCAAAAAUCCUUUACAAGAGUUAAUAACAACAACAGCGGCAGCCACAAAAAAUAGGGUCCAGGUGGCCGUCACUGAAGAUGGGAUUCAACAAAUUACAGGAAUGGAAACCCUAUUGAAUGCUCCUCUACAUGCUUCUCAACAAGGGCAAAAGGUCAACUUUGAUACUGCGGGUGACUUAGGGGAAAAAACUGUGAUAUUUUCUACAGAUGAUGAAUUCAUGGACAUGACCCACAGUCACACAAUAAACAUUGCCGGUGAUGCAGAAUUACUUCCAGAUAUUUCCCUCCAGAACUAUGACCCUUUACCCUCUAGAAGAGUGAAAACGGAGAUGUUCACCGUGAAUAAUGGAUCCAUGGCGAGAAACAUAUCCUCAUCAGUGCCUUCUUUGGAUCCUGAAUUUGAAAAAUUCCUUGCAAGUCACUCGAAACAAAGUGGCCCCAGCUCUAGUCCGGUCAUCACCAGAACAAAGCCUGCUUCUGGCGCACCCUCUGAAGAAGCAAACCGCUCUCUGGCCCAGAUUAAAACACAAAGGGCUAAUGUGGAUAAAGAAAAUCAGGCUCCAACUUCAGUUUCAGCUGUGGUGGAGAAGUCCCUUAAUACAUCCAGGAAGAUUGGUGAAUUAUCUUAUGGAAGUGCACUCUGUCCAGAAGAUGAUUUAAGCAUGGAUGUGACUAAAGCUAAGACAGACAGCAUGCUGGGAUUCACUGAUGAUGAUCCCUUUCAGUGUCUUUUUCCCACACAAGAAAUGUACUCCCGCUUUGACAACAGAGUGUCACAGACAGCAGAGAAGACCAAACAACCGCAGAGAAGCAGUAAAACACUGGCAUCAUUCAACCCUAAAGAUAUGACAUCCUUGAAGAAUCCGGGUGUACAUGCUUCUCAUCAAAGACACAAGGCCAACCUUGAUACAGAAGAUGAUUACAAAGAGAAAACAAUAAUGUUCUCUGCAGGUGAUGAGUUUAUGAAUAUGACUCAGAGUCACACGGUAAACAUUGCCAGUAGUUUAUUACCACCUCCGAACCAAAACACUCGUGGAAAAAUGGACAAUGCUUCAUCUCUGGAGGAGAGAAAGCGCGAGACCUGUGGUGCGCCUGGCUCGUCGGCUAAUGCUUUGGAUCCAGGAUUUGAAGACUUCCUUUCAAGUCUCUCUAAACCAGGCGCCUCCAGUGGUAAUCCUGCGAUUGCCAGAACGGUACCUUCUGCUGCAGCAUCCUCUAAGGAAACCGUUGACACAAACAGCUCCCUGUCCCAGCUUCAAAGUAAUGUUGGGAAAGGAAGUCAGUCCCUCAUUACAUCCAGGAUCUUUGAAAAAUCCAUUAAUGGAGGUACAAUCUGUCCUGAAAACGAUGUGAGCAUGGAUAUGACUGAAGCUCAGACGGGCCGCAUAAUAGGGCUCAGCGCCUCAGAUGAUCCUUUCCAGUUUCUUUUUCCCACACAAGACAUGUACCCCCACUGUGAAGGUCUGAAGAAACAAGAGAUGACCUCAGGACAGAAGAACAGCAAAGCGCUGAGGUCAUCUAACCGUGCGGGUAUGGAAACUGCAUUGAAGCCAUCUUUGAAGACAAAGGUGCAAAGAAAUCCGGUCAAAUUUGAUACGGAAGAUGACUGCAGAGAGAAACCUGAGAGGAUUUCUGCAUAUGAUGCAUGUAUGGAUGUGACACAAAGUCACACUGUAAACAUUGUCACUGGUUUCGAGCUGCAGUCGUUUCAAAAUGUGGAUGUUAUGCCUAUAUGUGGAGAGAAAACCUUUAGGCUCACUACAGAUGAUACCUCUAUGGAUAUGACCAAGUGCCUCACUGUAAAUAUUGCGGAAUCAGUUCUUCCUGUGAAGAAACAAGAAGAUGAGACAUGUGGUCUGCCUAGAAACAGAUCUUCAUCAGCACGCGGUGUGGAUCCAAGCUUUAAUAAGAGCCUCUCAAAACCAAGUGGGCCCAGUGUCAAUCCUGCGGUCGAAAGGAUGACGCCUACAGCUGCACAACACGGCAUGGGAGACUCAUCGAAUGGAAGGACAAUCUGUCCAGAAGAUGAUGUAAACAUGACUGAAGCUCAAACGGGCCGCAUUUUAGGACUCCCAGAUACAGAUGAUACUCCUCGGUGUCUUUUCCCCACACAAGACAUUUACCCCCAAAGUGGCAGUUUGAAGAAAGCACAGAUGACUUCACGACAGCAGCACAAUGAAACACUGGGAACAUUCCGUAAAGGUAUGGAUACCUCGUUGGUGCAAAGAAAUCAGGUCAAGUUUGAUGCUGAUGACGACUGCAGAGAGAAAACAGUGAAGUUUACUGCUGACGAUGCCUGUAUGGAUAUGACAAGAAGUCACACUAUAAACAUUGCCACUGAUUUAAAACUGCAGUCACAUCAAAAUCUGGACUUUUCCCCUGCUUUUGGAGAGAAGACCAUGAGAUUCAAUAUAACUGAUGCAGCUAUGGAUGUGACAAGAAGUCACACUGUAAACAUUGCCACUGAUUUAAAACUGCAGCCACACCAAGAUGUGGACAUUUUACCUGCUGGUGGAGAGAAGACAAUGAGAUUCAAUACAACUGAUGCAGCGAUGGAUGUGACAAGAAGUCACACUGUAAACAUUGCCACUGAUUUAAAAUUGCAGUCACACCAAUAUGUGGACUCCUUACCUGCUUUUGGAGAGAAGACCAUGAGAUUCAACACAACUGAUGCAGCUAUGGAUGUGACAAGAAGUCACACUGUAAACAUUGCCACCGAUUUAAAAUUGCAGUCACACCAAUAUGUGGACUCCUUACCUGCUUUUGGAGAGAAGACCAUGAGAUUCAACACAACUGAUGCAGCUAUGGAUGUGACAAGAAGUCACACUGUAAACAUUGCCACCGAUUUCGAACCACAGUCACACCAAGAUGUGGACAUUUUACCUGCUGGUGGAGAGAAGACAAUGAGGUUCGCUGACAAUGAUGCAGCUAUGGAUGUGACCCAAUGUCUCACUGUAAAUAUUGCCAGCAAUUCAGUAUCAGAUUCACUUCUUCCACGCCGAGAUUCUAAUAUUUUAUUCACCCAUAAAGACGUGGAUUUUCCUUUAUCUGCAAAGAAGACGCAUCGUCCGCGCGGAAACCAAUCUUCAUCCGCACACGCUUUGGAUCCAGGGUUUAAAAACUCCCUGUCUAGGAAGAGUGGCCCCUGGGUUAGAGCAGUGGCUCCUGCUGCACCGUCCCCUCAAGAAACUCCAGACACAGAUGGCUUACUGGACCAACUUAAAAUACAGAAGCCUGAUGUGGAUACUGAAAAGGUAGCUUUACCUUUUGUUUCAGCUGUCUUGGAGAAGUCAGUGAAUAAAACCAUGACAGAAGGUCCAGAGCACGAUGUAAGCAUGAAUAUGACUGAAGCUCAAACAGGCGGCAUUUUGGAACAAACGUAUACAGGUGAGCCACCUCAGUGCCUUUCUUCCACACAGGACUUCAAUCCUGACCAUUUGAAGAAAACCGAGGCAACUCCACAACAGAGAAAUGAAGCACUGGGAUCCUCCAACCCUGGCCGGGUGGAAAUCCCAAACCUUCCCGAUUCUCCUGACUCAAAUGAAACUGGCACCAGUAAGGAACCCAAAUCAAAAAAUCUAACUUGUAGUUUAUCACAGAAAAUGGUGAAUUCACCCUCUGCUGUUGACCAUGAUGUUGAUACAGCGCCUUCACGGAAGUCCAGACGGAUGAGUUUAGCCGAUAUUAAGUCAAAAGUAAGGCGUUUGAGUCACAUGGUGAGUACAGCUCCUGAUACUAUUGCCAUGGACAGCCACACAGCACCCUUGCCUCACCUGGAACGGGACAUGGACAAAACCUCAAACGACAAAACCAAAUCCCUACCUGUAACAGAGCCUCAACUUGAGAUGGGUUUGGUAAACACAGAAGAAAAUACACAAGCUCAAUGUGUUCUGCAAGGAGAACAACCCUCUGCUACCACAACUCCUUUCAACUUGAAGACUAAACAACUUAUGUCAAGACUCUCGGUGGGAAUAUUUAAGGCAAAACUCCCCCAAAAAAGAAAACCGGAUGAUCCAAAGAAGGGGAAUUCUGUGGACAAACAUCAAAGGACAGUCGCUGUCAAUGUUACUAAUCAACUGAGCAACUUUGUCGAUGAUAUGAGCGAUAUUUACAAUGAAGAGCUUGAUAGCUAUGAAGAUAUGUCUGAAACCCUGGACAUAAUGAGUCCUCAGAAUGCCACUGAAAAAGUGAGUGCUUCCCAAGAGUUCGACAUGGAUGAGCUUUUAGAGAAAGAUGUAUCUGAAAAGGACUUUAUUAGUCCCGUCAGUGGAAAAAAGAGACCUGUGCCAGCAGAUGAAAAUAAUGUGGAGGAUGAGAAGAGACUGAAAGUAUCCACUGAUGUUGAAAUGGGAUUUCAGCCUCAUGUUGUGGAGUGUGACAGCAACGCUACUACAGUUCCAAGCAUGACUACACAGACCACAGAUUACUCCAACAGCAGUCACACAGCCAGCAUCAGAUGUGAAGCUACAUUGGAAUCAACUUACAAACAAAGCCUGUUUGAAUCCCAGCUAGAAGACUACGCCAAUGAUGUUCAGAGGAAACUCGAUGAUGACACUAUUACAUUGUUAGAGUUCUUUCAACUCUUCAACAUAGACUUUGUCAUCCAUAAUCCUCGGCAAAGCAUCCUUCCUGGCAGACUUUUGUCAGACACAGAUCGCACACCAAUGGAUUUAUUGAAAGACAGGCACAUCAACCGUCCUAAACAGAUGGUGUAUGAGACAGAUGUCCUCAACCUUACAGAGAUGGUGGAGGGGUUGAAGGAGCGAAUGCGGGACCUAGACAAACCACUGAAGAUUGUGAAUAGACCUUUGUGGGAAGAAGUGAGAAAUUAUUCAGAGAAGGAGCUCAAAUCUUUUGGUGCCAAACUAAAAGAGAGACAUAACCUGUUCAGAAAGUUGAGCAAAGUUCAGUCGCAUGAAAUGAAGGAGGUGUUGUACUCCAAUCUUGUGCAGGCUAAUCUGAAGGAGCAACAGAGGCCGAGAGGAAUGAUCGAGGAAGCAGAUGGGAUGAUAAAAAGCUUGGACGACUGUAUUCGUGAAUUAGAAACCGAACUUAUUGCAGUUGAAGAAAAAGGCUUCGAAGACCAACCAAGUCUGAAAUCACGUCAGGAAGAAAUACAAAAAGUCACAGAGGCUUUGGAGGAUAAUAACCGACAAAUAUCCGAACUGGAGAUGCAGAAGAAGCAGACUUCAAAUAAACUGAGCAGGCUGAAAGUGGAGACGAGCAACCUUGAGAGCCACGUCACCGCGCUGCAUAUGGUGAAUGAAUGGAAGUUUGGGGAGAAGAAAGACAACUGCAGUGUCUACACUUUCCUCUAUGAGACCUUGAUUCUACAGUUGGUGUAUGAAAAAUCCAAUGGAAAUGAUGCUGCUAAUCGGUCUGAGAGGAAAAUAUCGCACAUCACAUUGAGUCUUCAACUUGACGAUGAAAAGUCGCUGGGUAAUGCCCGCCUUGUUCACAAACUGCUCUCUCAGUACAUCGAGGGAGAAACUGACUGGGUGGAGAAAUAUCCAACGAGCAGACAUGUUCCCCAGCUGCUCCAUGACGUGAGCCUGGUGGUGAGUCGCUGUCGUCUGCUGGGAGAGGAGUUGCGUCGGCUGAAAACGUGGGGAAGUGUGAGGCUCAACAUUCUCAACAUGAGCUGUGUGGACACUCAAGUGCACUUUGUCUUCAGCAGUCUCAAGACAUUUUCCCAGUUUGAGGUGAUCUUCUCUGUCAGUUUGAUCGGUCAGCCCUACGCCCUUCAGUUGCAGAGCUUUAAAAACAUGAUCGGAAACACAACGAUCCAACAGAUUGAGGAGAUUGUGUCGUCGUUCAGUCCAUCCAAGAACCUCCUGACGAAGAUCGUCAAAAAGAUAAAUGAAAAUCUGCUCUAUUGAGACCAACAUUUUUAUUCCAAUCAGUUGUAAUAAAAACAAUUUUGUACAUUAUGAAUGAAAGACUUUAACACAUAACUGGCUUUAAAGUAAAUAAUGUGUACACGUUGCCAGACUUAUGAUACUGCACCUGUUAACAAAUUACAUUUUGCAAAAACAUUUUUUAGCAUUUUGUUACAAAUACAUGGUGACAUUAAAUAAACUGUGUUCAACGGGACAACAUGCAUGUGUAAAUUGCUAGAAUACAGGAAAUUAGUUUUAAUUACGUCCAUGAAUUCCUGAGCCCUGCAGCUGCACACCACAGUCAGUUUGUGUGUUUUUUUUAAUUUUUUUUUUUAUUUCCAGUUUAUUAAUACUGAACAUGUCCAGUUCAGGGGGCAGCCAUAGUUAUUCACACAAAAGUAUGUCAGAUGAGGGCGAACAGUUGCCUCCAUGUUUACUAAUGUAUGUCAGCAGGCUAAGCGUGACAUUUUCGGCACAUGUGGGUCACCACAUUUGCGAGAGACGGACACACUCACUCAGAGAGUCCUGCCUUUAUUAGUUAGAUCAAUCGCAGUCUUCCACUUCUCUCGAGUGCAGAAACUAUGCAGUUUCCAGAGUCUCUUCCAGAUGGUGAACAUGGUUAAAGUACUUUGUUUUGCUUACAGUGUACAUAGUAUAGUCACAUUUUGUUGUAGCUUUGUGCAGUAUUGAACGUAUGUAAAUAUUUUGUUCAUAAUGCUAAUACGCCAGUUCCUAUGAUUUCUUUACAAUUUAUGAAAAUAAAAUUAAUGUACAUACAUUUAAA